AUGUAUUACGACUUGAACGUCCCAGUCGUCGCACAUGAAGUCACAGGCGCAUCCCAGUCGAAAAAGAAUAAAGGAAAACAACCACAGCAGACCGUUUCCCUGUUUACUCCUGCUCAGUUAGCCACUAUCGAGGCCCGAGUUGAUCUUCUCAUUCAUCUGGGAUACAAUGUAAUCGCGUUUAACCAGACCGUCAACAAGAAGAUCGACCCCAAGACGCACGUCAACGUCCUCGACACGCUGUUGUUGCAGCUAAAAACCCGGCCGCGCGUGUUGUUCUUGAAAAGGUUGACCAUAGUUCUCGACGAAGAAAGUGAAAAAGGUUUUGGUCUGGCUAGUGCGAAUGCCUCAGUCAUCGAACCAUAUGACAUCGUUGCUCUCGCGCCGACGACUGCAGCAACGUUUUCCUCGGCGUGUCUGACACACAGUCUCCCUUCACCUCUGACGGCCCACAUCAUUACUCUCCAGCUGACAUUGCCGCGACUUCCAUUUCAUCUUAAACACACCCUCGUGCGCACCGCAAUCAAGAACGGUGCAGUCUUCGAAAUCAAUUAUGCUGGAGCUCUUGGUGAGAGUGGAGCAAAUUCAUCGGCUUUGGGGGUAAGCGACACGGGAUCGAGUGCUAAACGGAAUUGGUGGGCCGCUGCACGAGAAGUAGUCCGUGUCACCAAGGGAAAGGGGAUAAUUGUCAGCAGCGGCGCGCUUGCAGAAGCGGAUUAUCGUGGACCAAGGGACGUGCAAAAUCUCAUAUGCCUUCUUGGUUUGGCGCAGAACAUGGCUCACGACGCUUCUGCCGUCACGCCAAAGUCCCUUCUCAUACGGGCUCAAACACGUAGAACAUAUCGUGCUGUCUUAUCUGAACCGAAAUUAGUCUUUCCCCCCCCGCAAACUUCCGGUCCUGCCACCCAAGAUUCUGACAUCUGCCUAAGCCAAACGCCUCAACCUCCGUCUAAUAAUCGUACUGUAACCACGGAUAUUCCAAGAGACGUCGAAGUGGACACUUGUGGGUCUAAAAAGCGUGCUCGCGAACAAAGCAUUUCUGGUGGUGCCACAUCCAGCCCUGGUGGUCCAGCUAACGGACCGCCUAAUCUUGGUAUCAGUGGUUCUAGUCGGCCACCUAAAAAGAAAGGUAAACAUGUAACAUAA